AUGAAUCCAACGAUUGACUUUUCUGCCAGCAAGGAGUUAAGCCCAGAGGAAUAUGAAGCUGCUGGAUUUCUUUUGGAGGACUUAAUUAAAACCAUCGAAACCGCCCAAAAGAAAUUAGAACAAAAUAAUGCCGCUUCUUCCUCUGACUUAACCGAUAAUGAAAGCGAAGAAUUAAUUAAAAAAAUGGUUACGGAUAAGGCUCAGUUAAAAAUCCAAAAAGAAAAAAUAGAAAACAAAACUCCAACCAACGAUGCAGAGAAGGUUUUCCGAGACCAAUUAUUAGCCGAAAAUGCUCAGGAAAUGGAGGAGCGAGACAAAGAAAUAGCCAGAUUAAAAAAACAAAAACCUACUAAUACUGAAACCGAAUUACAAAAAUUGGCUCAGAAAGUCCAGUUAGAACUCAAUGAAAACGAAGUACUUGCUUGUUUGGAGACUUUUGCUCACUUGGAAAAAUUGCUCAGCAAUUUUAAAAAAGAGCAAGUAGGGAAGAGAACCAAACCGAUGGCUAGAAUUAAGGUCGGCCACCUGACUUUGAAGGACUUAACUAGGCUAAAAAAACAAUUUUCUCAGUCAAGAAUUAGUAGAAAAGACCAGUCAAAAAAUUCUCUGAACACCGAGGAUGGAGGUGUGGCCGAGCGGUUGAAGGCGGUAGUCUUGAAAACUACUAAUACUUUU